AUGGAGCGUUCUGACGCGGAAAUUCAAUAUUCAAAUCCAAUUGUACCCGGAUUUGCACCAGAUCCCUCGGUUGUCUUCGCCGAGGGUACAUUCUUUCUUUGCACCUCCUCAUUCCACGUAUUCCCAGGUCUUCCUAUCUACGCCUCGAAGGACCUUAAAAGCUGGACACACAUUGGUAAUGCUCUGCAUAAACGUUCACAGCUAAGCCUACGAAAUGCAAACACGAUACACGUGCCGUUAGAUACAGGCUUCACCAUGGUUGCAACUACUGGCAUCGUUGCUCCCAGUAUACAUUACCAUGAAGGAGUCUUCUAUAUCGUCACCACAAAUCAAACCUUCAACGGCGAAGAUUACGAGAGGCACAACUUCAUUAUCAAGUGCCACGACAUCUGGAGCAAUGACUGGAGCGACCCUGUCUAUUUCGACUAUCAUGGCAUUGACACCAGCCUCUUCUUCCAUGACGACGGGCGAGUCUUUGUGCAGGGAGCUUGGCAUAUCAGAGACGAUCGACAGCCGACAAACACCAUCAAGCAGAAUCCUAUCAUGACGGCUGAUGGCACGGAUGAGUAUAUCCAGAAUAUUGGCCACGGCUCACUCUUCCAGGAUGGUGAUGGGAGAUGGUGGGCCGCUGUACUUGGUGUUCGAAAGCAGCCAAAUGGUACUCUGGGCCUUGGUCGUGAGUCUUUUCUUUCACCCGUCGACUGGCCAGAAGGGGGAUGGCCCACUGUCCGCCAGCCUAGGAUGGGCUUCAAGAGGGAAGCUGUGCAGUCGCUCAAUCCCUCAAAGCCGCUCCAGGCUCCUUCUCAUAUCGAAGAUCUUUACAUUCGAGACCAUGACGAAGAAAAUUAUCAGUAUCUAGAUGACGAGGAAACCUUACAACUCAUUCCAAGCCGUUAUGGACUUGAUUCAGCUAUUGAGAGUCCCACAUUCCUGGGGCGACGCCAGCGCUUCUUGACCGGCACAGGGUCUACGCGCCUCACAGCCGACCAGGGUUUGACUGGGAAGAGUAUCAGAGCUGGUAUCUCUCUGUACAAAGAUCCCUUGCGCUUUGCCAGCCUAGCCUACGACUUUGACAACACUACUGCUGUCUUCGAAGUUCAUAACUCUGCCACUGGGCUUUUUGGUACUGUCUCUCACAAGCUGUCCUUGGGACUAGUCGAAGUUCAACUUCAAGUUGUAGCUAUGUCUUCGCGGUACAGUUUCCAGGUGAAGGAGACUCUACAAGAAACUAAAGUCGACAUGGAUAAGGGCUGGAUUGAAAUUGGUUCUGUGGAGACCAAAGCACUUGAUGCUAGGGAUUUUACUGGUCCGUUAAUUAGCGUUUUUGCGCAGACUCUCUUGAAGGAGGCCAAAAGGGAACCUGUUAUUUUCCAUGAGUUCAAAUUACAAGCUUUAGAGUAA